GGGAGAGAGGGAGGGAGGGAAAGGGGAGGGAGGGGAAGCCACAAACCCCAGCAGCCUCAGCACCAAGCUGAGUUUCUGGAAGAAGCAUUCAGAUUCUGUGAACUUUCUUCUCAACAGCCUCCCUCGGAUUCCCCUUUCAAGUGAAAGAAAGGGACAAAAGAAGGGGAUGAGCUCGGGGACAGCUCGGGGACCAGCAAAGGGACCACAGGACGGGAAAGCACCGAGGAUGCUGCCUGGGGAUCCAGGAGCCAUGGAGGAGGAGAGGCUGGGGGAGGGGACUAGCUGAGGAGGCGAUCUGUUCUCCUGGAGCAGCAAGCGGGGAUUCCAGCAUGAGGGAGGGAGCCCCGUGUCUGCCGCAGAUUGAUGGCUGUGCCCUUGGAACGGAAAAGACUUCUGCCUCUGCCUGCUGAAAACAAAGCCGGCUAAGAAAAGCGCUGCCUUGGGAAGUCGCCAAAGCUCCUGGCCACCCCCGAUCCUGGAUCCUGCACCUCCAGGACACAUGACUCUUUCCAGGCUCAGCAAUCCAAACAAUGGGUAUCACUUGGGGUCCUCCCCUCUCUGGAGAGUUCAAUAGACAUUAGGCUGAAGACUAGGCUUUCAGGAGGCCCAUGGAGAUCCACUGUACCCUGGGCGCCCUGCCCAAAACACCCACCCCACGACCCCCUUGGACUCGAGCCCACUGGGCCACCAAAAGAAUAGUCCCUGAGACCUUGAAUGCUGGAGACCCAGGUGCAGCUCUGGCCUCCUAAUCGUUAAUGCCAGACUUGGGGCAGGGUUUAGGGUUUUUAAAAGGGCCAGGACCUUUAAAAGAUACCUUUCAUGUCCUCUACGUGCCCUCCCACCUCUCAGAGUACAGAGAGGAAGCCCCCUGUGGUCAUGGGUUCGAGGGGCACAAAAGAUCUGCAGGGACCCUUCCAGGACCUGCCGGCAGCUGGUCCAACCCCAUCCUCACCUCCCUCUCUUAAGUUUUGAUUGUCUUUGCUGACCCUGGGGAACCUCAGGUGGGUUGAUUGCCCCCAGGCUCCAAAGGGGACUUCCUGUGGCUCUCACCUAGGGAGCCCUCUGGCACUAAGAGGCUCUCCCAGGAAAGACUUGAGCCAUGAUACCACGUGCUCAGAAGCCCCACCCUCCAGGGCUCAAGGCCCUGGUGUAGCGGCCUUCCUGUGCCACUCACUCCUGAUUCCAUGGACACAGCCCCAGUCCCAAUGGGCUCCCUUCAGCACUGCCCUUGCCAGCUGCCUAAGAUGGGUGACGCCUGGUCCCAGCUGCCCUGGCCGGGGCCCCCACACCCAGCCUUGCUGCUGGUCUCCCUCCUCUUGGCAGCUGGGGUGAUGCACUCGGAUGCCGGCACCAGCUGCCCUGUCCUUUGCACGUGCCAUAACCAGGUGGUAGACUGCAGCAGCCAACGGCUAUUCUCCGUGCCCCCCGACCUGCCCAUGGACAUGCGCAACCUCAGCCUGGCCCACAACCGCAUCACCGCCUUGCCCCCCGGCUAUCUCACAUGCUACAUGGAGCUCCGGGUGCUGGAUUUGCGCAACAACUCCUUGAUCGGGCUGCCCCCGGGCCUCUUCCUCCAUGCCAAGCGCUUGGCACACCUGGAUCUGAGCUACAACAACCUGAGCCAUGUGCCGGCCGACAUGUUCCAGGAAGCCCACGGCCUGGUACACAUCGACCUGAGCCACAACCCGUGGCUGCGCAGGGUGCACCCGCAGGCCUUCCAGGGGCUUAUGCAGCUCCGAGACCUGGACCUCAGCUACGGAGGCCUGGCCUUCCUUAGCCUUGAGGCCCUUGAGGGCCUACCGGGGCUGGUGACCCUGCAGAUCGGCGGCAACCCCUGGGUAUGCGGCUGCACCAUGGAGCCUCUGCUGAAGUGGCUGCGGAACCGGAUCCAGCGCUGCACGUCAGAUUCUCAGCUGGCUGAAUGCCGGGGUCCCCCCGAAGUCGAGGGUGCCCCACUCUUCUCCCUCACUGAGGAGAGCUUCAAGGCCUGCCACCUGACCCUGACCCUGGAUGAUUACCUCUUCAUUGCGUUCGUGGGCUUCGUGGUCUCCAUUGCAUCUGUGGCCACCAACUUCCUCCUGGGCAUCACAGCCAACUGCUGCCACCGUUGGAGCAAAGCCAGUGAAGAGGAAGAGAUUUGAUAUGGGAUUUCAUAUGGGUACCUGGCAUCCCCCCAUGCUACCAACCACCACUGACAUUGACCACCAGACACCCUUCCUGGCUGCCCACUCUGACCCCAUGGUGCCCUGGCCACCUCUGUUAUGGCUCAAGCAAUGUUGAGAAACUACUUUCGAGCAAGCUUCUACUGUGGGCCAAGCACUAUGCUAGGAACAGAGUGUUAGAUGAAUCCACCGUGCCCUUACCCUCAAGGCACCUCCCUUUGAUAGAGAAAGAGAUUCAAAAGCUAUUUCCUUUAAGGUCAUUGGUUGGCAUUCUGAGUACAUAGCAAUGGAAGCCCAGAGGAGGAGUUAUCAACUGUGCCUUGAAAAGUCUAAGAGAAGAACAAGAGUGGAGGUGAUUUGUGAGCGGGGUCAUCAAAAACCAUCUGCUUUGUCGAGCUGACCAAGAAGGUUGGACAUGCAUGAAUGCCUGAGGCCAGAAUAUGCACCGUCUAUUGAGAACUGUGGUGAACAAUCCCUGUGACCUCAGGGUACCGAAGGGGAGUGGCGCAGGACCACAACUUUCCCUCUGACACUCAAUCUGUCAAUGUUUGGGGCUACCCACCGUUGUCUCAGGAGGGUGAGAAUACCCCCAUGCCAGCCCCCUUGGCCACCUCUUAUCAGCAGCUAGCAGGUGAGACCACCUCCCAGUGACUGCCCCCCACACUAGAUCACCAGCAGUAGACAGCUGGAGAGGUCCCAGCUAGCAAGCUGAGGAUGGACACCUUCAGUGACCUUUCUCCCACCCCUGUCUUCUGCCCCUCGCUCCAGCUUUGGCUUCAGAUGAAGCAAGAGGCCCAGAAGUGGGGCAACACGAGUCCUGGCACUCUGGGACUCCUAAUCUUGUGACUGCUCUCGCCAUGGUGUUCAUGCCAAGGAAUGUCUCCAGGAAAGUGCACUUGGGCUGCAUCUCUGUAGCAUGACAGUAUAGGACUAAAGGAAAGGAAGGCUACCACUGUUGUGAUAAUAAGAGAAUUUGCUCUUUCUUCUAAGCAACUCACCUACUUUAAGCAUAAGGAUGAGAGAGCUAUUAAUUACCAAGCUCUUGCCAGUGUUGGGCACUGUGAUAAACUCCACAGACAAUUUCAUUUAAUGCACAUAAGAGCCUUUUGAGGUAAGCAUUGUAGAUCCCAUUUUACAGAUGGGUAAGUGAGGCCCAUGAUGGGCGAGAAAGGCCCAGAGAGGCCAAGAUCAUGUGAUACUCAUGAACAAAAUAAGUCUGUGCUCUUUCAACUACUCCAUUCAAGUAAGGGAACAUCACAGUUCCCUCCAAAGCUACAUAAAUUCAAAGUCAAGUAGUGCUUAUGAAGCUCCUAAUAAGAGCCAGGCACUCUUUUUGGCACUUUUACAGCUAUUGACUCAUUUAUUUCAGUUUUCACAGCAACACUGCUUGGUGGUUUUUAUUAUUCCCGUUUUACUGAUGAAGUCAUUGUAGAGAGCUGAGUAUCUUAUCUAAGGCUAUCCAGAUAAACUCUAGAAGGAAGGUGAUAGGUAGCUCCAUUCAGGGAAACCAUGUCUAAUCAGUCAAAAAACAAGUGACUUCAUGUGCAAAACACAGUUCUCAUCAUUGUUGUCAUCUUCAUUAUCGGUGUCAUGAGCUUCCCCAUGAUCUUCCCUACACUUACUUGUUCAGCACUGGACAGUUUGUGAAGUGCUUCUGCAUCAUUCUCUCUGGCUCUUCACGGCUCUGAGCAGCAGGCAAACCAAACAUCAAUACUCCUAUUUUACAGAUAAGAAAAAAAUAAUAGACUCAAGAGCGACUGUGACUUGCCUAAGAGCCAGGGUUGGGACUCAACUCCAGCUCAGCUCUUUCCAGUGCUGUCCCAGGUGCUUGUGGAAGAGAAUGCCUGGGAGGCUGGGUGUGGGGCCCUGGGACUCAGCAGCUAUGGGCUAAGUAAAGGUCAAGAAAAACCCAGCUGCUGUAAAGGUUUAGGUAUGCUCAUGGUAGGGCAAAUCAUAGCCUCUGCAACUUACAAGCAGCAUAGACAACACCUGAAUAGCAGUCACCUACCUUGCAAUGUGUAAAUAAUGCAUUAGAAAUGGUGGCCAUCUGAAAAAUAAGAUCUUUGGGAAAUAGGAGAGAAAGCUGUGUUAACCUCUUCGACUCAAGCCCUGCUGUGUUGUGUUGUAAGAAACACAAAGGGCUUCAGGAAGCUGUGGGUGGGGACCUCUACACAAUAGGGAAAGACUUAAGGCACAGGCCGACAGGCCGACAUGUUGCCAAGGCUGGCAACAGGAGUUCAAACAGGGCUCCCUAGCUCGCCCCAGCUCCAGCAGGCCUACAUCAUCCCAUGCUCCUGGCAGGCCUGAAGGAAUGAAGGAGAAACAUAUCAUCUUCCAAGAAGUCUUCCUUUACUCAUGCUCCCUGAACUAAUCAACCAAACGAGUGCCCAGGCACUUUGCUAGACCUGGGAUACUUGGGCCUUGUGUCCCCUGAAUCUCGCAUACAACAUCUGGGCCAGAGCCCUGCUCUUGUGACAUCUGGAGCGGAACUAUCCCCGAUCCCUUCUUCUGCUAUGUCCAGGGACAGGUGGACUAAGGCUGCUGUCCACCAGUCAACCUGACAGCCUAAUGUAUUGGGGGAGGAACUUGUAGAAAUCAUAGUCCUGACACAAAUAGUUAAGCCUCCCACAGAAGCAUACUGUAUACAUCUAUGAUAAUCUCCUAGACAUUCUUGUUUGCUGAAAUAUAGUUAAUAUAUUUUAAGAUAUGUACUCUUUUCUUCAUGGAACUAGAACUAAAAAAGACACCUAAUGCCCCUUGAGAUCAAAGGACCUUUCUAAUGAGACUACUUAGUUCCCAUUAACGGCAAACCUUUCUGAGUAGGAUACAUGGCUUUUAAAGAACACGUGCUUUUCCAGCUGCUAGAAGGUCCCCAAUUAACUAAAGCACAAUGAGUAAACUUCCCUACUACAAGGAUUUCCAUUUCUCCCCCACCACCCACCACCAGCAUCUUGUGCAGCCUAUCAGAAGCAAGUGUCCAGAAGCACACUUCUAGAGGGAAUCUAGCAGUCCUGGUUGAACCUGUUCCCACAAUGCUGCUGACCAAGAGCCCACGAAGGUGAUCUCACAAGGGGCCAUUGUUUUUUCCAGACUAGGUAACAUGUAAGUGCUAGGGUGUCUUUGAGUCCAUAUGUCUGUUCAUGUGGUUUCAUGUAUGUUAGGUACCUACUGAUAUGGGGCCAAUCUCUCUGGACCUUGAGUUCAGUUCUCUGACACAGUCUAUUCAGCCGUCUGUUUAUCGCAUUGCUUGAUACAGCAAGAUGGAAUCCCAUUAGGGGCAGGGUAGAGAUAGCUGCUCAGAAAAUAUAAAAAGAGACAAGAAAGAGAUCUGGCUGAGGCAGACUAAUGACAGCCUGACCACUUUCCUCCAUUCUCCUCUACCCCUCAGCAAUUUGUCCUCAUCACAGAAGCUUUCUUCACGCAGGGCCUGAGGAUAUCAAAGUUUAGUUAGUCAACAGUGUUGCGAUGGUCAAGGUCAGGGCCAA